GCUUCUGUGCUUUUGUAUCCGAGGAGCAGCAGACACAGAGAGAGCAGGAGAGAGAGAUAGAGAGAAAGAGAGAGAGAGAGAGAGAGAGGCACGGAUAAAGGACUACAUUACCGUGGAGAGGGGAGAGGAAACAGUGGAGAAAACACUCCUUAUUUUGUGAGAAAAAGAAACUGACAGAAUGACCCUGGCAGCAUACAGAGACAAAAUAAAGGAGCUCCCCCUUGUGUCACUGUUGUGUUCCUGCAUCAACCCAAACUAUGUGGAUAAGACAGUCUACAAGGCCGAAGGUAACAGGCUGACGUGGGACAGCCGGCCAUGGCACUGGACUAUGUGUCUUAUCUUCUCCCAGCUCACUCGUCUUCCUCUCCCAGAUGCCGUGGACCUUAACUGGUGUGAGAUCAAAGACGUGGAGGUGAUUGAGCUGAACAAGCGGGCAUCAGGUCAGGCCUUCGAGGUCAUCCUGAAGCCACCGUCCUUUGAUGGUGUGCCGGAGCUCAGCACCUUCCUGCCGUACCGCCGGGACCCCUCGCUGGAGGAGAUCCAGAAGAAGCUGGAGGCCGCGGAGGAGCGGCGCAAGUUCCAGGAGGCAGAGCUGCUGAAGCACCUGGCGGAGAAGAGGGAGCAUGAACGCGAGGUCAUCCAGAAGGCCUUUGAGGAGAACAACAACUUCAUCAGGAACGCGAAGGAGAAGCUGCAGCAGAGGAUGGAGGCCAACAAGGAGAACCGUGAAGCCCUGCUGGCUGCCAUGCUGGAGAGGCUUCAGGAGAAGGACAAGCACGCUGAGGAGGUUAGGAGGAACAAGGAGAUGAAGGAGGAGGCAUGUCGGUAGAGGAGGCGGCUGACGCGGAGAACUGCUUACGGUUGGGGGAGCGAGGAGGAGACCUACAGAGCAAACCAGAACAUCUCACUGAACUAACGCAGGCCUGUAGCAGAAGCCUCCAAUGACAGUUUGAAUCAUACUAAACAUUUAUUUAUUCUUAUUUAUUUAUUUAUUUAGGUUUAACAAUGUUAAAUGAUGUCAGUGAGUGAGAUUUAACAGUGUCAAAACUAAUGUCGAAACUAGUGAUAAAAAAAGACCAAAAGAUGCCUGGUUUUAUUUGGAUGGCAAUGUAAGGUGCACUGAAGUUGUAGUGUCUAGGUGGGUGGCGGUGGCGGAUAACACUACACCGCCCCAAAAAAGUAAAUGAUUGGUACAUGCCGAUGAUGGUGUAGACGAAAAGAAAGACAUGAGAACGAAAUUACGGGGGAUACUUACAUCAACACCUAAUACCGUAGCGAUAGGGGGCGUCAUCCGAGGUGAGGCUAACCCAAGACCACCAGAAAUUGCAUCUCGCAGAAGGUUCACGCAGUUAAUACAUAUUGCAAAAAUAUGCUGUUUCUUAAAUGUAUGAUGUGUAGGAAAAGUGAAAACUAUGCAUGUCUAUACGCGCAGUUGAUGUUGAAUUCACGCCUUGUCAGUUCAAUCAAUUAUAAUAACGCCUUUCCCCUCCAGAGUUCUCAAUUUUCUCUUGUUGAUAACACGCUUUCAGACAUGAUGAUCCAGAUUUAUUUUUUGUCUAGGGUUGUCGUGAAUCUCCUCACCAUUAGCCCAUUUACGAUGAAACGCCCGGAAUCGACUCAUUUAUGAAGCACAACUCAAAAGCACAUAGCCAGUAGCUGUUACUUUGAAAGACGCCGGUGCGCCGGUUAAAAACCACCCGAGCUCAGAGAACGGCGUGUGAAGACUGUGAAGCAGAGUGCAGCCAGACGCCACACUUCUCCUCGAAGUGAGGUAGCACGUAGAUACGCUUCCACAGCCUUAGGUUAGUGUAUGCUGCACUUUGGUUUGGCAUGUCACUGUGCUUUCCUUGGUGCCAUCUGUGUACUUAUGUUACCUGUUAAUUGAAGAGAGACCAGAAAAGACUACAUGCUUGCGGUCCCGGCCUCGCAGACAACGUAACUGUGCCGUGAUGAGAACUGGAAAUGUUUCAGGAUCCUGUAUAAAUAUGAAUCCCUACCCCACCUCACUGCCCAUGUCUGUGGACACCCUAAAAGAAUAAAAUCUCUCUGUUUUGA